GUUUGCACCAUCAUGUGUGCUGAGGCUGAAGCAUGCAUGUGCGAAUGAGGCUUCCUCCUGCUCCACCUCCUCCCCUUCUCCAUCGGCGGGCUCCUGCGUUCUGCAUCCCGCUGCGGAGGACUCGUCAGUGCAGCUGGGGCCGUGACAGCCAUAGCAGCUUCAGCAUCAUCCCCUCCCCGUCAGUCUCGGCAGCAUCGUCGAAAGCACCCGGUUCUUCCAGCUUUGAGCGACACACCCACCCCGUCUCUCGGCUCUCUUUCCUCCAGCAACCGUGUGUCGUACAAGCCAGCAGCCAGGCACUCUCAUCCCGGGCUAGUUUACCCGGCCGCAUCCUUACUCCCUCCUCUCGGCAGAGCUUACCACCACAACAGUCCCCGUCUCUCGUCCUCUUCACCACCAUCCGCUUGUCGUAGAGCGAGUCGGGAAAAAGCAGGCAAGCUGUCUCUUUUUUCUGCACAGGUGUGUGUUGGCUGGGCAGGUGGUCUUCCACUGGCCCUUUGGAGGAUGAUCCUAUGGAUGAAGACGGAGGAGAUGGCCCUAGGGGAGCUUCUGGAAAGGCUAAGGACAGUCACUCAAAGCAUAGAUGACAUCAUGCAGCUGGACAGCAGUCCCCUCCGUGCUGCUGACAUCACGCCCGACCUCAAGAAGCAGUUUGCCUUCCUUUCAGGAGGUAGAGGAGAUACUGGCAGCCCCAUCAUUGUGUUCCCAGAAUUCCCUGCGUUUGGAGAGAUCACGGACGGAGCGUUUCACAACGUGCUGACCUACCUGACUAGUGUUCCGAGUUUGUCUUCGACUGGCGUGGGUUUCAUCCUUGUCAUCGAUCGACGGCAAGACCGAUGGGCGGCCGUCAAGGGGACCCUGCUCCGCAUCGCAGGCUCCUUCCCAGGGAACCUCCAGCUGGUCCUGGUCCUGAGGCCCACCACCCUCCUGCAGCGGACUCUCUCCGACAUACUCUUCAAGUUUAACAAGGAUGAGUUCAAGAUGAAGGUGCCGGUGAUCAUGCUGAGCUCAAUAACUGAGCUCCAUGCCUACAUCGACCACUCCCAACUGACCAAGGAACUCGGAGGAACUCAGGAGUACUGCCAUGAGAAGUGGAUCUCUCACCGCACUGCUAUUGAAGGCUUCGCAUUGAUGGUAAAGAAAACAGCGCAGAUCCUGCAGUCGUUUGGGACUGUGCUGGCUGAAACGGAACUCCCCAACGACAUCCAGGCCACAAGCGUCCUGCUGAGCACACACACCAACAAGAAAGACAAAAUGAAGGAGGACCUGCUGGUUGCUCUGAAUCAGGGCAGCAGGCUGCUGGAGAGCAUCAAUGAGCCGGUGGUGCGAGACCCCGAUCACAACAUGAACCAGGACGAGCUUGAGAAUCUGGCCACUGUGCAGAGACUGUUGUCCCAGCUAGACGAGACUGAAAGGGCUUUUGAUGAGUUUUGGGUGAGGCAUCAAACCAAACUGCAGCAGUGUCUCCAACUGCGCCACUUCGAGCACAACUACAGAGAGGUGAGGGCUCUGCUGGAUCAGGUUUCUGAGAAACUUGCAACCUUCUCUGAGGUGGGGAUCAGCCCAGCCCACGCGGACCAUAUCUUCAGCGAACUCUCCACCUAUGAGGAGAGAGUUUGUGAGGUGCUGGGUAGAGCCUCGUCGUUGGCCUGUGAUGGCGAUGACAUGAUCCACAACUCCCACUAUGCCGAGGACUCCGUUCAGCCUAAAUGCAUGGAGCUUAGAGCCGUCAGUGAGAAUGUGAGCAGCAACCUGAGGACCAGGAAAGACCAUCUCCUCAAAGCCAUGGAGCUGCACCACUGUUUGGAGAGAGCUUCUAAAUGGGUUGAUGAUGGUAUAUACCUGCUGGCGUCUCAGCCAGUAGACAAGUGUCAAUCACAUGAGGGGGCAGAGUUGGCCCUGAAGGAGCUGGAGCACCACCUGGAUAAUGCAGAGCAGAACCAGCUGUCAGAACUCAGUACCAUCUGGAGGGAAUACGAGACCGUGCUCAACCAGCAGUUCAGAGACCAAGUGGAAAAGGUUUUCCAGAAGCAGGUGUCUAUGCAGGAGAUGUUCGACAAGAGGAGGGUCAGCCUGAAGAAGCUUGCAGCCAAACAGACCAGGCCGGUGCAGCCGGUAGCCCCCAGACCUGAAGCCUUCAUCAAAUCCCCCCUCAGCUCGCCUGCACACAUAGCCCAGCAGGAGAGAAAGUGCUCAGAGGCAGACUCUGGGAACAGCUGUGAGAAGGGAAACGGACAACUGCAGAAUGGAGACAAUAACAGCCGACAUGCGUCUCUUUCAGAGGAGGAGGAGAACCUGGCAGUGCUCAGGAGGCAUGUUAUGAACGAGCUGUUGGAAACUGAGAGAGCCUACGUGGAAGAGCUGCUCUGUGUGCUACAGGGAUAUGCCUCGGAGAUGGAUAAUGCGGCCAUGGCUCACCUCAUCCCCGCUCCUCUGCAGAACAAGAAGGAGGUUCUGUUUGGCAACAUGUUAGAGAUCUACCACUUCCAUGAGAGGACGUUUCUGAGGGAGUUGGAGCAGUACACCGACUGCCCAGAGUUGAUUGGAAGGUGUUUUCUAGAGAGGAUGACAGACCUGCAGAUUUAUGAGAAGUACUGCCACAACAAGCCUCGCUCUGAAAGCCUUUGGAGGCAGUGCUCAGACUGUGCCUUCUUCCAGGAGUGUCAGAAAAAGCUGGAGCAUAAACUCGGCUUAGAUUCUUACCUCCUGAAGCCCGUUCAGAGGAUUACCAAAUACCAGCUGCUACUGAAGGAAAUGCUGAAGUACAGCAAGAGCUGUGAGGGGGCGGAUGACCUGCAGGAUGCACUGACCUCCAUCCUGGGCAUCCUCAAGGCCGUCAAUGACUCAAUGCACCUCAUCGCCAUUACAGGAUAUGAGGGUAAUAUGAGCGAGCUGGGUAAGCUGCUGAUGCAAGGGUCAUUCAGCGUGUGGACCGAGCACAAGAAGGGUCAUGCCAAGGUCAAGGAUCUGGCCCGUUUCAAGCCCAUGCAGAGGCACCUCUUCCUCCAUGAAAAGACCCUGCUCUUCUGCAAGAGGAGGGAGGAGAACGGCGAAGGCUACGAGAAAGCUCCCUCGUACAGCUUCAAACAAUCUCUGAAUAUGAGUGCUGUUGGCAUAACGGAGAACGCAAAGGGAGACAACAAGAAGUUUGAAAUCUGGUGCAACUCCAGAGAAGAGGUCUACAUUGUUCAGGCGCCAACAGCUGAAGUAAAAACCACCUGGGUGAACGAGAUCAGGAAGGUUCUGACCACCCAGCUGGAAGCCUGCAGAGCCAGUCAGCAGAAGGCACCUGAUCAGGUGUUCCAGUUCCCUCCUGUGUCCAGUGGACCAGUAAGUCUCAGUCCGUUCAAGUCUGGUCAGAAGAGCUUUAAGAGGGGAGAGGAGAAGAAAGCUGAGCCCUGCAGCCUUGAUGCCGAUCCUGUUCUUUACCCGAAGUCCACUGGAAAAGACGAGGCUGUGACAAGCCCCCCCUCAGACAGAGCUGCUGUGGCUAAAAAGCGUUUUACUUUACAGGGCUUCAGUAACCUCAAAGCCCAGAAAGGAUCUCCCACGAGUCCCGAUCACAAGACGAAGCGGCAGAGCGACCCCACGCCGUUUGGCUUCAAAGAUGCAGGUCCUGCCCCCCCCCACCUGAACAGGGCCAGGUGGUUCAGCACUCCUAGUCUCUUACAGACAAAGUGGAGAGGCUGGAACAAGACCUCCCUGUCGCUGGAUGCCUCAGAGGAGCAUGAAGGAUAUUCCAGCGCCGAUGAGCCUCUUAAUUCUGACCCAGAGGACGACGGCGGGAAGAAGCUGUGUGCCGGCAAAUAUACGGUGACGGGCGACUACGAGAAUGCAGACGCUCAAGAGCUCUCGGUAAAGAGCGGCGACGUCGUGCGGCUGGUCAAAGAGGAGGACGACGGUCACUGGUUUGUACGUAACCUGAGCAGCUCCAAGGAGGGCUUGAUCGCAGCCGCCAAUCUCAUCACGCUCAUCGGAAAGUCCAAGUCCUGCCAGUCACUCACCAGCUCAGAAGGCAGUGGCUCUGGAAACCUCAGCACAUCGUCCAGCUGCAGUGAGACCUAACCGGCCUCCUCCACAUCAAACCCUGGACUCCUCAUCAUUUCCGACAUCACCAAACUGCCCUCAUUAAUGCUAGCAUCAUGUUGCUAUCUGUGCUAUUGCCAACGUCGGUACUCUUGAGAAUUUUGUCAGGUUUUCAUAGUAUUUUUUUUUUUCAUUUUUCAAAUCAUGUAAACGCACAGAUUUAAUAAGCCGAUUCGUCACAUGUUAUAGACUUGAUUGUCGUGCAAUUGUGCGGUGACAAUCCAGAAUGCUGGUCGGAUAAAUACAUCACAGAAUGUCAUUCCACUGCAUUGUGAAGUGAACUUCCUCUAAUCAUACACUUCUCUGUACGUUCUUUUUUUUUUAAAGGAGAACAGUGGAUCAGUGUUUAAUAUGUAAUAGAUGUAUGGAUGGGCCAGCGGGACUGAUCUUCGUUAAUGCAUCUACUUAUGUUCACAUGAAAAGUGCAGAAGGUUAGUGAUGAUCUGGGGAUGUCUGCUGUCUCUCUGCUCACCGCCACUAAUCUACCCAAGCAGGAGGUUCUUAACGCUGCCGGCGCUGUCCCUGAAACGGGACGGGGAUGAACAUGUACAGCCUGUUUCGCUCCGAUGAAUGUUUUCUGAGAGCCUUCCUCUGCUUUUCCCUUUACAAGCUUAUUUAUUUGUAAGAAACAAAAGCCGUCAUGUAUAUUUACUCACUGUUUUUGUACUUAUUUUCUCCCUGUCUUCUCACGUCUGUUGUCAUUAGAAAGCAGUUCUGCCACCAGCUUCCCCAGACGUUGUGUACGAGGUUUGUGUUUUGGGGUCUCCGAGGGCCUCGUAGUAUAACUCUGUGAGUUUUCAUGUUCGCUACAGUUUAAAAAUGUUUCUCCAUCACUGUAUGGCGCUAACUUAUUCCCUGUGGAGGAUUAUGUUCUGAAUGUAGAUAUUGUCCAUUAAUAUCAGUUUGUCAUGAAAUGUCUGAGAUGCUAUAUUGUACAUUAUGCGUGGUGCCGUCACUUGACUUUUCUUUUGUUUUUUACAUAAACAACUUCAAUUCA